ACCAGCAAUGACGAAUAUGUGCAGGUAGGAGUCUCAUAACAUUUCAUAAACAGUAAAUACACAAAAAAUCAGUUUAUACAAAUAUUCACAUAAAAUCCUUUCAAUAGUUCAAUAAACAGGUAGCACUUCUCAGAGUAGUUGACAGUUCCAACAGUAGCACCCAGCAAUGGUCAACAGGUGCAAAUAGCAGUCUCAUAAUAUUUCAUCAGCAGUAUUUAAACAGCUCCAUCAGUGGCACCCAGCAAUGUUGAGCAGGUGCAAACACCAACAAGUGACAUUAUGUCAGUAGAAGAAGUUCCAUUAGUGGCACCCAGCAAUGUUGAGCAGGUGCAGACACCAACAAGUGACAUUAUUUCAGUAGAAGCAGUUCCAUCAGUGGCACCCAGCAAUGUUGAGCAGGUGCAAACACCAACAAGUGACAUUAUGUCAGUAGAAGCAGUUCUAUCAGUGGCACCCAGCAAUGUUGAGCAGGUGCAGACAGCAACAAGUGACAUUAUGUCAGUAGAAGCAAUUCCAUCAGUGGCACCCAGCAAUGUUGAACAGGUGCAGACAGCAACAAGUGACAUCAUUUCAGUAGAAGCAGUUCCAUUAGUGACACCCAGUAAUGUUGACAGGUGCAGACAGCAACAAGUGACAUCUCAUCACUGGUUGAGCAUUUCCAACAGUGGCACCCAGCAAUGUUGAGCAGGUGCAGACAGCAACAAGUAACAUCAUUUCAGUAGAAGCAGUUCCAUUAGUGACACCCAGUAAUGUUGACAGGUGCAGACAGCAACAAGUAACAUCUCAUCAUUGGUUGAGCAGUUCCAACAGUGGCAUCCAGUAAUGUUGACAGGUGCAGGUAACAGUCCAUAAUAUUCACUAUCACUAAUCAGACAGUUAAAUUAGAGUUCAUUAGCACAAAUUAAACAUUUCCAAGUGGCACCCACCAAUGUUAAUACGUGUAAGUACGAAAAAACGUUUGAAUGCACACACAAUUGCUU